AUGGAGAUCACUAUUAUCUCCAGAUAUACUGCGAAACCAUCUUCUUCUUCACUUCAGCAUCUAAAACCUCACAAACUUUCCCUCUUCGACCAGCUCACUCCCGCGACUUACGUCCCAUUUAUCUUGUUCUACCCCAACUCAUCAUUAACUACCAAUCUUUCCCAGACCUUAGUCCACUUGAAGACCUCUCUAUGCGAGACCCUCACUCUCUACUACCCAAUUUCCGGCCGCAUCAAGAACAACCUCUACAUUUAUGAUUUCGACGCGGGUGUCCCAUACCUCGAAGCCCGAGUCAAUUGUCGCCUGCCUGAGUUUCUUAAGCUUCAAGAAACCCAGCUGCUAAACGACCUCCUUCCAGUUCUUCCAUUCCGGAAGGAAACGGAUCACUCAGAUCUGCUUCCCUUGCUUGCUUGUCAAAUCAAUGUUUUCGCUUGCGGUGGAUUGGCAAUCUCUGCCUCCGUGUCUCACAAGAUUUUCGAUGGGGAUACGGGAUACGCUGUUCUCAAAACUUGGGCUUCUAUUUUUCGCGGAGCUCGCGACGACAUCGUACACCCUAAUCUCUCCCAAGCCUCCCUGUUCUUCCCACCAAGAGAUCCAUUGCCUCAGAACUAUCUGGAUUUAAUGGAUAGCUUGUGGUUUAAGCGAAGCAAUUAUGUUUCAAAGAGAUUUGUGUUUGAUGCCAAAUCCAUAGCCACACUGCGAGCAAGAUCGACGAGCGAAAACGUUCCCAAGCCCACACGUGUGGAGAUACUAACUAGUUUUAUCUGGAAACAUGCAAUGGCUGCUUCUAGGGCACUGUCAUCCGGUACUUCACCAAAGACAUCCAUAGUCGUUCAUGCAGUGAACAUGAGACCGCGAAUGAAUUCACAAAUGCGAUUGGAUACUGUCAUGAUCGGAAAUCUUUUUUGGUGGGCCGUAGCUGCCGCCGACGCUUCUGAGGCAGACGCUCAUGACUUGCGUGACUUAGUGAACAUAAUUACGGAAUCAAUCAAGGGAUUCGAUAGUGAGCAUUUGGAGAGUUUGCAAGAAACACCGGAUAUCUAUGCAUUCACAAGCUGGGCUAGCUUUUUUAAACAGGUUGAUUUUGGUUGGGGGAGUCCAUUUUGGAUCGGAACCAUGGGGAAAGUCGGUCCUGCAUUUAGAAAUCUCACUGUGUUCGUCGAGAGACAAUGGGAUAGAGGCAUUGAAGCAUGGGUGAACUUGGAGGAAAACCAAAUGGCUCUGUUAGAGAAAGACCCCCAGUUUUUAGCAUUUGCUUCUCCAAAUCCUGGAAUAUCAAGCAUGUAA